CCCUUACACAUCACAAUCCUUCAAUUCCCAUUGCAAUACCAAACAUGUCCACUUCUCAAGGCCGUAAGCGCUCAAGACUCGCCUGUGAAACAUGUCGGGAUUUAAAACGGAAAUGCGACGGCGCUCAGCCCUGCGGAGCCUGUGUCCGUUUUGAGUACGACUGCGUCUACAAGACUUCUUCGAACAAGAAGAGGAAGACCCAUGAGGCCUCACUUCUUCCCUCACCUCCUGUUCAUACUGAGAAGGAGUCUAGACCUUCGAGGAGUGAUCAUGCUACGUCACCAAGGCAUUUGCAGUCGCUGGAGGCGAAUUCUGGAGCGGCGUUUCUGAGAAGGUUGGCGUUGAGGUUGGAUCCUAAGAAUGCGCCGAGGAUGCACACUUUUUCAUGGAAUGCCUUUCUUGGAGCACGGAAGUCUUCCCAUGUUCCUGUUUCGAGACCGAUCACAGACCUGCUGUCCAAAGAAGAUAUGGAGAGCUUGAGUGCCGUCUACUUUCAAAAGAUGGAUCCCAUUUAUGGUUUCGUUGAUCGUGACAAUAUCUCACAGACCAUUCAAGGCAGAUGGGCUGGUUAUAUAUACGAUCAAUCUCAAGAUGCUGUUCUAUGCGGUAUAGCAGCGAUAGGAUGUUUAUUCUCUCAAGUUGAGCCUCCUCCCGUGGAGCUUGACUUGAUAGAAACAGCACGGUUCAUACUCGAGCAGAAGAUGUCCGAUGACCCAUCUGCUGCUAGUGUCACGGGUUGGCUUCUCCGAGUGGUGUAUCUGAGAAUAGCUGGAACACCACAUACAGCAUGGAUGGCCAGUUCAGUUCUUAUGCACAUGCUCGAAGCAGCGGGCCUGCAUUGUGAACCAUCACAAGAAUCAGUCCUUCCAGUAACAGAAGAAAAGGUCGACGCCGAGCUUCGGAGGCGUCUCUUUGCUGUCGCCGAGCAUCUUAACAUAUGGAUCUCUUUCGACAUGGGUCGGUCCAGAACGAUACUAUGCAAUUCAACACUGGAAAUGCCAUGUUCGAGAGAAGGAGACUAUACCCAUGAACUUAUGGAGUUGCUCCCAUAUUCAACGGAACUUGACCCCAAUAAGACGCAAGACGUUUCCGAGCUUGAGACUUCACUGUCUACCGUCUUAAGCCGAACCCAUUCUGUUCCACCAUCUAUUAUGGCACAGACCAACCUCGCUUUAUGUCUCUGCCGUCGACUUCAGUCGAUGAACACGACGUUCUCAGGAAAGGUCCUCGACCAGAUUCUCUCUAUCACAAAAACAGGCAUUGAAGCAGCUCAAGCUAUUUUAGAUGCUCGUUCACCAUGGCAUCAUAUGGCCAAUGUUCCGUUUCAAAUUAUCUGUGUUCUACUAGCCAUUGACACGGGCGAAUCAAUAGUUCAGCUCAAGGAUGCGAUGCAAUGUUUAAGUAACGUUGCUACUGUGUAUAACACCAAUGCUACGAAAGAGGCUCUCAACACGGCUUCUCUGCUUAUACUAAUGCAACAGCGGCGCAAGGAGAAAUGUGCGUCAACGUUGAGUGAUGUGCUGAAAACCUUUCCUAUCGUUUCGCUUCCAGAGACGCGAGAUGAGACUCCUGUUCAAGAUAUGGAUGAUAUGAGGUGGCUGAAUAACUUGGUUGGUGAUCUUUCCAGUUUCGACUAUGCUGAUUUGGAUCGAUUUCUCUUCCCGAACAUGUUUUGAUCAGGCAGACUUUCUGUCGUUUUUCAAUGUAAAAAUAUGAUAUCCAUGUACUCUACAGUCUUUCAACUCCCCCACUGUAUAAUCUACUUCUUUCGAUACCA